AUGGUGGGCGCCGCUGCCCCGUCUGCUGUGGCGUCCGAGCAGGCCGCCAUCAAGGCAGAGACCUUGUCGACGGCAGAGCCCCUGUCGACGGCGUCGCCGCUCCCGCCUCCGCCGCCGCAGCCCCACGAGGCCAAGCGCCGGCGGCUGUCCGCCACGAGCUCGCUCCCGCUUUGGCCCUCCACCCGCUGGGCGGGCCGGCCUCUCCGCAGCUCGGCGCCCGGCGGUCCCCGCUGCUGUUCCCCCGGAGCCCAGCCUGAUGUGGAUGCAGCAGAUUGGUGGUCGCUCGACCAGCUGCCGCAGGUUUCGCCCGGGCGGUUCGCGCUGGAACAGCUGCGGCAGUACAUCCAAGACUGGGAGCGAGCCAAGAAGGACGACUUCUGGCAGCGCAAGUCGGGCAAGGUUGCUCUCUCGGUCGUGGUCUGUCGGGGCAUGGAGGACGGUGCGCUGGUAGCCUACCGUGGCAUGAACACAGAGGUUAGCCUGCCCGCAGGUUCCCUGUGCUCCGAGCGCGCUGCCAUCGGACGAGCCGCCUCCAGCUUCCAGAGGGCCUCCGACAUCCUGGUGGCGGCCACCGCAGAUCCCCAGGAGAGGCUGAACCCCCUGUGGCCCUGCGAGGUCUGCCAGAGCUGGCUGGCCAAGCUGAGGGCACAGAAUCCGGACAUCAGCGUCCUGGCCGUGGAGUCCAUAUCUCCCGUGCGACAAGUUCGUUGUCCGGGUGAACGGAGAGACGCAGCCCCCACCUCUGGCGUUGCUGCCUCCGAGUGUGGCGCUCGGCCGGUGGCGGAGCCGCGUGGUCUUGGCGGAGGGUAG